UGCUGUCGUAACCUCUAACCUCUAAUCCAGAAGUCAUUUCAGUUUUAUCUAUUUAAUUGUAGGAUCGGCAAUUGGUAUAGGAAGUCUAGACGAAGAGUGUAAAGUUAUUAGGAGAUCAUCAUGACUAAUACGUUAAUAUACACAAAACAUAAUCUAUUUCCAACACUUAUUACACCUAAUUUUACUGAUCUGAAGUAGACUAGAAAGCAGUACAUGUAUAUGGUUGACGUCUAAAAUAUAUUACAGACCUUAAUUGUAGUGUACAGGCAGAAAAUUAUUGUUUCCGCAUUUAGCGAAAUUAAAGUCCGAAAUAACUGUAUAGGAGAUAGUAGUGAAUUUUCAUGCCUGAACAUCAAUAGCAAUGGAUGACACCGAGGCGGGAUCGCCUUUUUAUAUACAUCUGAAUGGAUCUAGUUCAUCCAAUAUACCGGUUCAUCAAUCCAGUGGGAAUAUAUCAUCACAGGUAUCUAGCGUCGGAUUUAAUAAUCUUAAAAAGUUAAAUACAAAUACAUCACUGAUCUCAACUCUAAGUACUAGUACGACCAAGAACAAUCCAUUGACACGUUUAUUUACUAAGAAUAGGUCAGGUACCAAUCUUCCAAUUGAUUUAACAGAAGAAUUUCUUAGAAAUAAUAGUGAUGAUGAUGAUGAUGAUGAUGUUUCUACCCUCACUUCCAUAGAGCUCAGGAAAUCAGGCUCCUUAUUCAAAUUACCUAAGAAUAAAUUAAAGUUUUCUAAUAAAACUAACUUAAACAAACCAGAUUUGACUAUUCAGACAGCUGGACAUCAUGGUCUUAAAGUUUCCAAAAAAAUAUUGAGUUCAGGACUGUUUGAUGAUACCAAUAGAUCAUUAAGAAAGGGAUCGGUUAGUUCCCCGGUUUCAACUUUUCAAAAUUUAUUUCAUAGAUCACAUACCAAUAGUCAAGGAAAUAUCGAUGGCCAAAUAUUAGCCAUUUCCAAAGAAGAUUCACCUACUCAACUGAAACUAGGAAGCAAUCCUUCAAGAACUACCUUGGCAUUAUCAUCAAUCAGAUCAAACUCUUAUAUUUCAGAUAAAACUAACGCCAAAAUGUAUAAUUUCACAGAUCCAGACUUUGAAGCAGAAUACUCUGAAGUCAACGCAGCGGAACACACCACAAUACAAGAUCUUCAUAAAAAGCUCAUGGUACCAACUGAUCAAUUUAUUCAGAAUAUAACCCACAAGCAUGUUAACCAUGAAUUGGGACUAGGUAUAGAGGACGAUACGAAUCUAGAUAAUGAAUACUAUAAAAAUUAUUCACUUGAAUUUAAUAAAGCAAAUUCUAGAUUUUUUACGAGUUUACUAACUUUAACAAAACCAUUAUUCAUUCCAUCACAACAAAGAAGAAUGAAUGGAGGUGCAUAUAUACCUAAUCUUGGCUUUACAGUUGAAGAUGUAUCCAGUUUCAUAAAGGAAAAUUACCAAAUAGAUUUAAAACAAAGCUCCUCCUCAAAGGAAAAUACGAUGAUAUCCCCAAAAUAUAGACAAAAGAAAUCUAGAGAGAGCAAAUCAAAUUCAUCAAGUGGUUUAUCAUUAGAAUUGGAUAAUAUGGAGGCUAUAGAUGAUUUCAAGGUAAGGGAAGUUUCGCUGGACUUGUUAACCUUUUUCACUAGGGCAAUGAUUGUUUUUCUGAAAGAUUACAAUAAUUUUGAAAUUUCGGAAGAUAUAAUUAAGAAUGAAACUCUCCAUGGUAAAGCUUCACCGGCUCUUACAUUUAUACAUUCUUGGAGUAGAAUUACAAAACAAUGGGAUUAUUUUAAUCAAAAGAUAAGGUUUUACUUGAUUAGUAUGUUUCAUCCGUUACAAAAAAAUUUUCAUGUCAUGUCGAAACGCAGUGUCGGGCUGACGGCUAAUAUAGAGAUUGAAAAUUCGAUUCUUUUAGCGUUUAGGGAUGUUAUUGUAAUUCCGUUUCUAAUGCAAAGGCAGAAUAAAUACGAAUUAUUUAAUCAACAUGAAAUAUCGCCUAGUAAGGAAUUUGACGCAUCAAUGGAGGGUAGAAUAAUAUUAGAGGACGAAGUUAGUAUACUUGUAAAUAAUAAUCAAAUUUUGAGAAAACUUCAGAGUUGUUUAGGAAUUUUAAUGUCAAGCACACAUCAUGAACCCGGAAAUGUUGAUGGAGAGCAACACAUCAGGAAUGAAGUAUUCUUCAAUUCAUAUUUAUGGUUAUCAAAUAUCAAGUAAAAAUAAAUUUGUAUCAUUAGAAUAAUGAAAUUACGAACGGUUUUAUCAAGCAAAAAGUGGAGAAACGUUUAAGUUGAUCAUAAUAAAUUUACGUGGCUGAAUUUUCUGGUCUACAUAAGACCCAAGUUAGCUUACCUAUGAAUUACUCGGCUCGUUUAGGUAACACGGAUUAAAUAAUUUAACCAUUCGGUAAUAAAAUUUAAUCUAGUAAGCAAAUAUAUAUUUAAAUUAGGUUUUGAAUAAAACCCCGCUCGUUGAUCCAAAUAGCCCAUUGUUGAUCAUUUCAAUGCCUGUUGUAAGUCAAUAUUAUGCAUACUCAUCAUCUGAACAUCGAAUAAGGGGAUUUAUUUUAUUAACAUAAACUUUCAAUAAUCAAAUUAACUCUGUUAGAUAAUGCUUUUUUCAUACUUAAACU